AUGAUAAACCCAGAAAGCUAAUAAUUAAAAAAAGAAAGUUCGCUAUCUAAUAGAGUAUGCAUUCUUGAAGCAUUUAAAACAGAGGAUUAAUUAAAAAUUAAAGAAACAGAAAAAAAUUAAGAACUGAUAGUUUUAUCUGAAAUAGAAAUGGUUGAUGGAAGCAAGUACAAAGGAUAGUGGAUGAAAGGAUUAAGAUGGGGAUUUGGAAGGCAUUAAUGGCCUAAUGGUUCUGUGUAUGAAGGAGAUUGGAAACUUAAUUUAGCAUGGGGAAGAGGUAAAUUAAAACAUGCAGAUGUAGAUGAAUAUGAGGGAGAGUGGUAAAGAGAUUAGGUGGAUGGUUUUGGUAUUUACAUUCACUCAAAUGGGGCUCGUUAUGAAGAUUAAUAGAAAGAUGAUCAAUAGAACUGGAAAGGUACAGAAGUUUGGAAGGAUGGUUCUAAAUAUGAUGGUGAAAAUAAAGAAGGAUUGAAACAUGAAUAUGGACAUAUAUAUUUCUCAGAUGGAUCCUACUAUGUUGGCUAAUUUUUUGAAAAUUAGAUACAUGGAGAAGAAGAAUAUAUAUGGUUUGAUGGGAAAUCCUAAAAUGGUUAAUGGAAGUACAAUAAUAUGGAUGGAAAUGGUAGUAUGAUUUGGGCAGAUGGUAAUAAAUAUGUAUAAAAAUGAUUAAAAACAUGAAUUUGGAAAAUUCUACUGGGGAGAUGGUGGCUUCUACUCAGGAUAAUGGCUGAAUGGAAAAUAGGAUGGGAAAGGUGAAUACAUCGUAGCCACAGGUGAAAUAGAAUGGGAUAAUGGGAGAAAGGAAAAAGAGUAAAAUGGUUAUGAAAAUACUCAAUGA